GCUUCUGGGCGGUGCAACCGCCGCGGCCCAUUGGACGAGCGCGGCGCGGAAUUCGCGAACUGCCCCCGGCCCCGAGGGUGCAGGUCCUGGACUGACGGCGCUGUCCUGACCCAUGGACGCCUCCUCUAGCCCGUGGAAUCCAGCCCCGGCUCCCGUCAGCAGUCCUUCCCUGCUCCUCCCCAUCCCUGCCAUCGUGUUCAUCGCUGUGGGUAUCUAUUUGUUGCUGCUCGGCGUCGUGCUGCUGACUAGGCACUGCCUGCUGGCCCAGGGCUGCUGUGCCGACUGCAGCUCCCCCUGCAGGAAGCAAGGGGCCUCUAGGCCCCAGGACUAUUGCUGGACCUGUGCAGAAGCCUGCGACUUCCCUCUGCCCAGCCCAGCCCACUGCCUGGAUGCCUGCUGCCCCCAGCCCACGGAAGCUGGUUGGGCCCCUCACUGUCCUCGCUGCUGUCCGCUCUGCGACUGUGCCUGCGCGUGCCAGCUGCCUGACUGCCAGAGCCUCAACUGUCUGUGCUUUGAGAUCAAGCUCCGAUGAGGACCCGGAGUCUUUGCCCCUUGGAGAGUGGCCAACCCCCGGGGCCCCCACGCCCUGUUCCCUGACGGGGCCUCCAGGCACCUUUCUCCAGGCCCCUGGAACCACAUAUGGCCUGCCCAGCUCAUUGGGCUGUGCAGAGCCUGGCUCCCAGCAGAGCAGGACUCAGAGAGCCCCUGGCCAUUUGGACUGUCCUUUGGAGGGCCAGGAGGGAGAGGGGCUAGCACUCUGGCAGGGGACCCCACCUGCCUAUCCUCCUCUCCAUGUAAACUGUUAUCAUUGAAGGUGAGGGUGGGAGACACUGCUUACCACAGACCAUCUAUGGGACAAACUUGAACCUGGAGUAUGAGGAUAUAGGGCUGCCCCAGCCACACCUUGGCUGUGGAUUCUUGGUUAUCUUGAGAUCCCUGUGCAGAGAUCGAUUUCUCUUGACCACCUCUGAGGGCUUCAGGCUGGAUUUCCAAGAAAAUUUCCUCUAAGGCAAGGUGACCCUAUGGCAGAG